AUGGACAGAGUAACAAUUAACCAAAUGGUACAAAACACCAUCCAGCAAUAUGGCUCGAAGACUGCGUUAUCUCACAAAGUUGAUAAAAAGUAUCAGGAUAUCUCUUAUGCAACACUCGCAGAGCGGAUCAAAGACUUCUGCUUAGGCCUGACCGAACUCGGCUUGCAGAAAGGAGAUCGGGUCGCACUGCUAUCUGAAAACCGUCCGGAAUGGGCGAUAACCGACCUAGCGACGCUUGCCGGCGGUGGAGUUACUGUGCCAAUGUUUUCGACGCUGACGUCCGCACAGGUGGAGUACAUCGUCAGGGAUUCGGGGGCAAAGAUCCUCUGCGUAUCCAGCGAAAGACAGCUGCAGAAGAUCAAGGAUUGGGAUGCAAAUGUCCCAACAAAUCUUCAGCACAUUGUUAUUUUUGACGAUCUACAAGACGACUCAGUCUACCAGCAAGCCAGUGACGCUGUUGGACCGGACGACCUCGCCUCGAUUAUUUACACCUCCGGGACGACGGGCGAUCCGAAGGGGGCAAUGCUGACCCACAGCAAUUUUAUGUCGAAUGCGCAGGCUGCAAUGAGGAUUGUAUCAAUCACCCCCGAUGAUGUUUUCCUUUCUUUCCUUCCGUUGUCACAUGUGUUUGAACGGAUGGGGGGGCACUAUCUACCACUUAGCGGCGGUGCAACGAUUGCGUAUGCUGAAAGCCUGUUUACUAUUCGCCAAGACAUGCAGGAGGUUCGCCCGACAAUUAUGAUGAGUGUGCCCCGUCUCUAUGAGGGGAUGCACGAAAGGAUUAUCCGCUCUGUCAAAGAAGGUUCUUCUACCAAACAGAAAAUCUUCCACUGGAGUGUCGGCGUCGGCGCGAAGGUGAGUCAAGCCAUUCAACGGAAAAGGAAGCCAAACCCCAUCUUAUCGCUGAAGGCAAGUAUUGCCAAUAAACUGGUCUUCCAAAAGCUUAAGGCGGUAACCGGUGGACGCCUACGCUUCUUUGUCUCCGGCGGUGCUCCCUUGUCAAAAGCGAUUGCGGAGUUUUUCCAUGCGGCGGGCAUCCUCAUCCUUGAAGGAUAUGGUUUGACGGAAACUUCACCUGUCAUCAGCGUGAAUCAGCCAGACCGAUGGAAAUUUGGCACUGUGGGGCCCAUCGUUCCGGGCGUAGAGGUGAAAAUUGCUGAGGAUGGCGAGAUUUUGUCGCGAGGACCGCACAUCAUGCAGGGCUAUUUCAACAAACCGUCAGAUACAGCGGAAGCUAUUGACGCGGAUGGAUGGUUUCACACGGGCGACAUCGGGGAGAUUGAUGAGGAAGGAUUCCUGGCAAUAACAGACCGUAAGAAAAACAUCCUCGUUCUCUCCAACGGGAAAAACGUCGCGCCGCAACCCAUUGAGAACCAACUCAAGCAGAGUCCCUACAUCAGCGAAAUUAUGCUUCUCGGCGAUCAACACAAAAGUGUUGCUGCGCUUAUCGUGCCAAGUCUUGAUGAGAUUAAGGAGUAUGCUAAAGAACAGCAGCUUGAGACAGGGGACAUGGCUGCACUCCUUCAGACGCAAGAGAUUCAGCGACUGAUUCGGGGUGAGAUUAACCAAUAUUCGAGCGAUCUUGCUGACUUUGAGCGGGUUCGGAUGUUCACUUUAAUGGCGGAGGAAUUCUCAGAGAAAUCGGGAGAGAUGACGCCGACGCUCAAACUCAAACGAUCGGUCGUUAUGGAGAACCAUAAAGCGGCGAUUGACCAGAUGUAUGGCGAUGAUGGGUAG